CUCGUUGUACCAACUGCGACGCAAACAAGCAAGAAACCCAGACAAACAGGAGCUAUCAAAGCUUGACACAGAAGGUCAUGUCCAACGCGGAUAAGAUGCAGGACCAGGAGCACGACGACGAGCAGUCCUCCGACGUAGAGGGAUCCGGCGAUAAUGUGGGCCGUGAUGACGGCACCGACGAUGACGACGACAGCAACGGCAACAUGCAGCAGGAGAAUGGAGAUGGUGACAACGGUGGUGACGGCCAGGAGCACUCUGGCGACGAGGAGCAACACCACGGCCAGGACAACGAGGGCAACGAUAACUCCGCAGGCCAGCAGCAACAAAUGCAGCAAGUGGACCGCACCAGCGCCACCAAUCUGAUCAUCAAUUACUUGCCGCAGGACAUGACCGACCGCGAGCUGUACAACCUCUUCAGCGGCUGCGGGCCCAUCAACACCUGCAAGAUAAUGCGCGACUUCAAGACCGGAUAUAGCUUCGGCUACGGCUUCGUGGACUACAAAACGGAGUCGGACUCGGAGGACGCCAUCCAGAAGCUUAAUGGCUUUUAUGUGCGCAACAAGCGAUUAAAGGUGUCGUAUGCUCGACCGGGUGGGCAGUCCAUUAAGGAUACGAAUUUGUACGUCAUCAACCUGUCGCGAAACAUCAACGACGACAUGCUCGACCGCAUCUUCUCGCCCUAUGGCCUGAUUGUUCAGCGAAACAUCCUGCGGGACAAACUCACUGGACGACCGCGGGGCGUUGCUUUUGUGCGUUACAAUAAGCGCGAGGAAGCUCAAGAGGCGAUCAAGGCGCUUAACAACACGGUGCCGGAGGGCGGAUCCCAGCCAAUCUGGGUGCGACUCGCCGAAGAACAUGGCAAGGCCAAGGCGGCCCAGUUUAUGGCCCAGAUCGGAGGUGGCAAUGGUGGCGGAGGCGGUGGUCCGCCGCACAUGGGUCCAGGUGGACCGAUGCACCCACCUCAUCACCACAAUAAUCACCAUCACAACAACCACCACAAUCCGCAUAUGCCGCCGCAUCAUCAUCAGCCACAGCAUCCACACCAGCAUCCGCAGCACCAUCCGCAGCUGCACCACAUGCAGCACCACCAUCCCAACAACCACAACAACAAUCACCCCAACAACCACCAUCAUAACAACAACAACAACCACCACAACAUGGGCGGCCCGCAUCCGCACCACAUGCAGCAAAUGCACCCGAUGGGCAUGAACAUGGGCAUGGGCGUGAACAUGGGAAUGGGCAUGGGCAUGGGCAUGCCCAUUCACGGAGGCGGCGGUGGUGGUGGUGGCGGCGGCGGUGGAGGCGGUGGUGGUAACUUCCACCACAUGGCGCACAGAGGUGAAGUGUUCAUGCUGCCAUUGCCGAUUUGCAGCCGAUUCCCCAGCCAGCCGCAUCCCGUAGGCAAUGGCAUUUGCCACAGCCCCAACAAGAACAGCAGAUUCCGUUUAGGCCGCCGCCCGCAAGCCUCCAGAAUAACCAUCAGAUAUAUUGCGCAUUUGGUGGCAGAUCCCGCUUCCACUCCGACUACCUAGUGCCGCUCUACAUCCCGGCCGCCGCCCAUCCAUCAGUCGUUUCCUUCUCCUCCCCAGCUGCGUCACUUUCGGCCUACCCCGCUGUUUUGGCCGUGUAUGUUCCGGUGUAUGCCACGGUUCCGGUCUCUGUUCCUGUAGCUAUGGAAAGAGCCAGUCCACAAGCUUAAAGUGAUUGCAGACGGAGGCGGCGGAAAGUUUACGGCGGUGGCCACAUGGUGGUAGCGAGUAGAAUUAGAUCGAGUGCAAUCGGAGGAGGGAAGAGGAGAUAUUACCCAGAAGCGCUAUCCAAUAGUAGCCAACUCUCUCGCUCUCUAUGUGAAUGUAUGUAUCUUGCUAUCCAUAUAUGUAUAUCCAUAUCAGAGAGCCAGGAUUGGUUGAGACCAUACGAUAUAACCCGAAACCAUACUGGCCAGGAAUAGCAAAUCCAAGCAUUGGCAGCAAGAGGCAAAGCAAAGGUGCACGGCAGACAUAAGCAGUACCACAAGAACACUAUCACAGAAUUAAGCAGAGCAAAUUGAAGAUGCAUAGCGUGUAUAAAGAUGUAGGAAAUAAUGUUCCAAAGUUAACCAGCCCACACAAUCCCCAACAACACACACACAUACACAUAAAAACGGUCGGAGUCGAAUCCUUGAUCGAACCACAUAAGAAAAAAUUCCAAUGAGUUUGUAUGAGGAACAAACAAAGCCCCAAACGCAAACCAUCAGCCACUCAAGACGAGACGAGAACGCAACCAAAACUCAAAGAUAACUUCCUGCACUCAUCUCCAAUUCACGAAACAAACUUCGCACUUGGUGGAUUGCGAAUUGUAAAUGAAUUGAGUAACUGCACGGAUACAAAGCCCCAAGGUGUGGCGACUAUUCCGGCCGGAUACUGUGAGACGGACGGUACAGACACGGAUAUAUAGAGAGACGGACCUUUUGACAACGGACAGAAGACGCUUCUUCUUCUUCUAGACGGUUAAUUUGUAGACUUAUAAGGAACGUCGACAGCGAGGGUUCGUUCGCGUCACUUGCUUUUUACUACAUUAUAAAUAAAUUAUUGAUGUACUACCAACAAACCAAGAACAAGAACACCACACUAUACAAACACCUAUAUAUUAGAUAAUAUAUAUGAAUGAUGUAUAAACACCCGAACUUCGGGUAAACUUCCAACAAAAACCCGACAAGAAGAUGGCUGAAUAUGAAAUAAACUUGAAAUUUUCCAACCAGCAUACCCGUGGGACCCAGAGGUCCGAAAUUUUUUUUUUAGUAUUGAUAAUCUCUAAACGUAAAUCCUAGUCUCGUAGCAAUAUCAUAGUUAAGGUGACUUUUUUUUUCUGAAUAAACUUAACGCGCGAAAGAAAUACAUGUAUUUAAACCUUAAAUCCUAAAGUUUAUAAUAAACGAACACAAAUUGAAUUCUGAGUCUGCGAGCGAGAUGGUGCGAUGCAGCCUCAGCGAAAGAGAGCGAGAGAGAUGAUACAGAUUUGAGGUACAGUCAGCACAGUACAGUGCGGAUCAGAGCUUAAGUUGACGAUAUUGUUGUAAAUUGAUGUUAGGCUAAGCAAAUAAAUAGUUAAAAUGUUCAA